UUGAUUUUGGCUGCAGAAAGCGUGAUUUGACGAUUUUGCCGGCGGAUUUGGGUUUGUGAAAUCCAUGAGUUAAAGACGUGAACCAAAAGGCGAUCUAGUAAUCGAUUUUAUGCCAGUUUACACAGCAGAGUAAUUGGAAUGUCUCUGCCAAGUACUCCGAUAAAAAAGGUGGUGGUACACCCUCUGGUUUUGCUCAGUGUUGUGGACCACUUCAACCGAAUGGGCAAAGUUGGAAACCAGAAGAGAGUUGUUGGUGUGUUACUUGGUGCACUCAGGAAAGAUGUACUUGACAUAUCAAAUAGUUUUGCAGUUCCCUUCGAUGAAGAUGAAAAAGACAAUGCAGUAUAUUUUCUAGACCAUGACUACUUGGAAAACAUGUCUGGGAUGUUCAAGAAAGUCAAUGCUCGUGAAAAGAUUGUUGGAUGGUAUCAUACUGGUCCCAAGUUGCAUAGAAAUGAUAUUGCAAUCAAUGAAAUUAUUCGGGGUUAUUGUCCAAAUUCUGUUCUAGCUAUUAUUGAUGCAAAACCCAAAGAUUUAGGUUUACCAACAGAAGCAUAUGUGGCUGUAGAGGAAGUGCAUGAUGAUGGUACGCCUACUUCCAAAACCUUUGAACACAUCCCUAGUGAAAUGGGAGCUGAAGAAGCUGAAGAAGUUGGUGUUGAACAUCUUCUAAGGGACAUUAAAGACACAACUGUUGGAACACUAUCUCAACGCAUCACCAACCAGCUGAUGGGCCUGAAAGGCCUUCAUGCUCACAUUCAAGACAUCCACCAAUACCUAGAACAGGUGGCACAAGGAAAGCUGCCAGUUAAUCACCAGAUCAUUUACCAACUACAGGACAUUUUUAACCUUCUUCCUGAUGUGAAUUUCUCUGAAUUCGUCAAAGCUUUCUUAGUUAAAACAAACGACCAGAUGCUAGUGGUGUAUUUAGCGGCUCUGAUACGAUCUAUAAUCGCCCUGCACAACUUGAUCAACAACAAGAUUCAGAACAGAGAUGCGGAGAAACAGGAAGGACAAAAGAAACCAGAUGACAAAGACAAGGACAAAGAUAAAAAGGAUAAGAAAGAUGACAAAGAUAAAAAGGACAAAAAAGAGAAAGAAAAAUCAACAGCUUCUAAGAAGUGAAAAGGGAACUGCUUGAUUGUACAAAUUAUUUGUAUUUUGUACUAUCAAUGAUUGAAUGAUUAUCGUUACUGAAAUAUAGCCACCAAAACAGAACAAUACACAUAAACUCAUGUGAUGUGGGACUCAUUGUACCUUGCAAUGCAUCUAUUAUUUUCCCACUGUCUUGUAGUUUAUAAUUUGGUGUACUCGUCGAUGGUCAUGCUUGUAAUGCCUGCUGUCAAUUCCUAAUAAAGCUUUUUGUUUAUAAAGUUGAAUAAA